CGCAGUAAUCGAAUUUAUUCCACCGGUGUUUUGUGUGACGGAUACAGUGGUUGGGUAUUAUGGUUGUGUGAUUUUUAAGAGGAUUUUGUGAGAAUCUUGAGGUUAUAUGGUUGUUUAUACCGUGUUUAUUCAGCUGAAAGGAAUGAAAUAGGCCCUGAAAUGAGGAAAUUCAAAAGGGCGCAAGCGCAAAAUCAAGCUGCUAUUAAAAAGCACAUGGUAACUCAUCCACUGGUAGAAUCAUCCAGUGAUGAAGAGGAUGAGUCUGGACAAGAAAUAUUGGAAAAAGCAGUUGGCAAUGUUUUAACAUCUUACCAGGAUCAGGGAGGGGACCCAGAAAAAAUUUUGUCUUAUUUAGCGGAUACCUUUCAAUCCAAUGGAGCUGUUUGCCUAAUAUGUAUUUCGUCAGUGAAGAAAACAGAUGCGAUAUGGAGUUGCGGUAGAUGUUACUCGUUUAUGCAUUUAUCUUGUAUUCAACAUUGGAUUCGAGAUAGUUUGACUUAUAAACGCGAUCGUGGAAUUUCUCAAGUUUGGGCAUGCCCAAAAUGUCGUACCGAGUAUGAAGAAGACCAGGUUCCACAACAUUACGAAUGUUUUUGUGGAAAGAUGAGGAAUCCGCCCUACCAGCCUUGGUGUGUACCACAUUCUUGUGGAGAAGUAUGCGGAAAGCUUCUUCAACCAAAAUGCGGUCAUUCGUGUGUCCUACUCUGUCAUCCUGGACCUUGUCCUCCAUGUCCAAAAAUGGUUUCAUCAAAGUGUUACUGUCUCAAGCAGCCAGCACGUCCACGACGUUGUAAUGCCAAAGAGUGGAGCUGUGCUACUGUCUGUGGAAAAAUUUUAAAAUGUUCUCAACAUACGUGCAGGAAAAUGUGUCAUUCCGGAGAUUGCCCACCCUGUAAGGAAGAAGUUUCAGCAUCCUGUCAUUGUGGAAAUGAAACUGAACUCAGACAUUGUUUCGAUAAGGAUUGGCGGUGCAAUAAACCUUGCAAAAAGUCUUUAUCCUGUAACAUCCACAUAUGUCAGGGUACUUGUCAUGCGCCUGGUGAUUGUGGGGAUUGCUUGACGGCUAAAAACAGGACAUGUCCAUGUGGGAAAAUCAAGUACAGGAUAUCUUGUAAGCAGGAUGCGCCUACAUGUGGCGAUACAUGUGAGAAGUUAUUGGAUUGUGGAUCACAUUAUUGCAAUAAACGUUGUCACCUAGAUAGCUGCGGCCAAUGCUUAGAGGUUGUAACUAAAUCUUGUAAAUGUGGUGCUCAUCAGAAGGAGUUAGCUUGCGCCAAAGUAUUUCAUUGUGACACAAAGUGCAAGCAAAUUCGAUUAUGCGGACGUCAUCCGUGUAAUAAAAAAUGCUGUGAUUGUGUUAAGAAAAAUAAUUUUUAUGCCUGCGAAAAGACAUGUGACCGUACUUUGAGUUGUCGCAAACACAAAUGUCCAGCUCCUUGUCACAGUGGCCCUUGCUAUCCAUGUCCUCUGACAGAUACGAUACAAUGCCGAUGUGGAUCGAGUAAAAUUGUGAUACCAUGUGGAACUGCAAAAAAAAUUAAGCCACCUCACUGCAAUAAAAUGUGUAAAAUUCCACCUAUUUGCCAUCAUUCGAAACGAGAGUCACACAAAUGUCAUCAAGGACAGUGUCCACCUUGCAAGAAGCAAUGCACUUUAACGCUAAAAAAAUGUGGUCAUAUAUGUCCAGCCCCUUGUCACACAAAGGUUUGGGUGAAAGUGAAUGGCAUCACUCAGCCAGCUGGGCCGUGGGAAAAACAAAAGGACAAAAUGCAGUUGAAAACGUUACCCUGCCCACCUUGUCAAGUUUCAGUGAUGGUUACAUGUUUAGGUGGGCAUGAAACUUUACCAUGGCCAUGUCACGAAGCAGUGUCAACAUCUUGUCAAAGACCAUGUGGUCAGCUGUUGAGCUGUACAAAUCAUACGUGCACGCUAGCGUGUCAUGUUGUACAAGAUUCUGGAGAUAAUGCUCAACCGACCCCAUGCGAAGAAUGUGAAAAGCCGUGUGUGAUUCCAAGGCCUGAAGGAUGUACCCAUGUAUGCCCCAGCAUUUGCCAUCCAGCUCCGUGCAAACCCUGCAAGCAAAUUGUUCGCCUCCCUUGUCACUGUGCCAUUAACACUUUGUACAUAAGAUGUUCUGAGUUAACAUCUGCAAGCGUUGAAAGAAAGAUAGAAAUCUUCAAAUGUGGCAAUCAGUGUCCUAAAAAUUAUCCAUGUGGGCAUCGAUGUGUGGACGAUUGUCAUCCAGGUUUAUGUAAAAGUGCGGGAGAGUGUAAUAAGAAAGUGAAAAUAUCGUGCAAGUGUAAGAGAUUGAAAAAAGACUUUUCCUGCCUUCUGAUACGAUCGGGUAACGCGAUUGUAGAAUGCGAUGAGGUGUGUGAUGAAAAGAAGAAAGAACGAAUUCAAGCUCAAGAGGCUGAAGCAGCAAAGAAGAGGAAGGAGGAAGCACUGCGCAAUCAAAGAGAGGUAGAGAAAUUUGAAAGAAAAUUCAAACCUAGACGUAAAUGUAAAGACAAAUCCAAUGAUGAACCCUGUGUUGAGAAAUCUAAAUGUAAUUACCUGAAAUGGCUUACAGCCUUAUUGGUAAUCAUAAUUGCUUGUCUAGUCACUUUUUUCGUCUUCAACAUACAAUGAACGAUUUCUUGUCAGUUUUCCAUUUUACCAAAAAUAUUUUAGUUCCACAUGUAUUGGCCAUUUAGUGCUUGAAAACAUGGUUAGAAUAAGAUAAGUAAAUCAUUAAUUUUCCAACGAUAGUAGCUCUUGAUAUUCAAGCUCUUUAAACCAAAAAAUUUAUAUAUUUUACGAUUCAAGUUUUAUCAGCAUAGUAUACUAAACUUACUAUUUUUAAAUCCUUGAUGGGGCAUAAACACUGUGUUACAGGUUUUAGCAGCCUUACUUUUCGUACUAUACACCAAAUAUGCUUAAAAUAAUUGUCACGCACACGGAUAUUAUUGUGCACAUAAUUUACUGCGUAUGACUGUUGUGUAUAUACAAAGUUUCAUUCGAAUUUACACAAGUACAAUGUACUUUACAAAGAUUCAUUUGUAUUUGUAAUUCUAUAAAUUACAGUAUGUAAGUUGAUUAUUUCAUUUGAGAUAACAGUUGAUGAAGAGUAUUUGUACCUAGCAAGGUUGAUUUUUAAUCGUUUCAUGGCUACCACCAAAUCUGGCAACUUAUUUAGCGAAAAAUUCGUAUAGCUACAUUCUUGGUCAAUAUAUUUAUAAUCAACCUUAUCACGCGUACACUGUAGAUUAAUGUGGCCCAAUUUUGAUACCUUAAUAAUAAGGUUUGGAAUAAAUGGUUAGCAAAUUUUUUCAAAAAAAGACACUUUAUUUGUUAUCCAACAAACAUGCAAAAGUACAAAAUUUCCAUCCAAUAAAAUAUUUAGAUGAUA